AUGCCGUACAGACUAAUGCUGAGUUCUGUGCCAGCUGAAAGUGCUGUCCCAGGAGACUACAGCAAACGAGUUUAUCAAGGAGUGAGAGUGAAGCACACAGUCAAAGACCUACUGGCAGAAAAACGAUCCAGGCAGACAAGUAACUCAAGAUUUAAUGGCAGUGUCGGUUCCACUCAGUCUCCAUUUGGACCCGUGCCAGGCUCACCGGUGAUGUCAGGUUACUAUGGUGUCAGGAGAGCCUUCCUUUCUGACCCGGACUUUCACAACACCAAGCAGUUUGCCAACGACGCCUGCACGUCAAGCGCGGCCAAGCCCUUUGCCUGCGAGUCCUCAGCAGGACAGGGCCACGCAGCCCUGCUGGACCCCUACUUCCCGGAGCCCUACGGGGACCACCGCCCCACGGCCCUGACCCCCAACAGCGGCACCCUGUUCAGCGCCUCGCCCCUGCCGCCGCUCCUGCCGCCGCCCUUCCCCAGCGACCCCGCACACUUCGUGCUGAGGGACUCGUGGGAGCAGACGGUGCCCGAAGGCCUCAGCCAGCCAGACCCUGUGCCGGCCGAUGCCCUGCAGAGCUUGGCACCCAGCACCAGCUCCUUCUCCCAGCUGGAGUCGGGAGGUGCGGCCCAGCACAGGAGCGCCGGCUGGGGGGGCCCCCUCACCGGGGUUCAGUCCUACUCACUGCACGCGCUGGAGGAUCUGUACCACACGCAGGGGUACCCCACCCCGGCCCCCUACCCUUUCACCUCUUUCAUGACGAUGUCCAGUGACCCACCACCCAAGGUGGGGCCCUUCUCCCCAGACGAGGGGGCAGACACCUCUGCCCUCCAGGAUGCUUCUCCAUGGACCAAAGAUGAUGGGAGCCUGGCGUGGGGGGCAUACGAGUGCCGCAGAGCCUACUGA